GGGAGGGAGACAGGCUGAGCUGAUUCCACGUGUGACGCUUGCAUUCCCAGCUCAGUGAUAUUUUCUUUAGCGGGCUUCGGUGUAGCCUUGUGCGUCUUCGUUAGUUACUGGCUAUAGUUGGGUUAGCUAUGGAGGGAGACGGGAGCCAAGCCACAUCUGGAGGAAACCCUAAUGAUUCUCAACAUGACCCGGGUAAAAUGUUUAUCGGUGGCCUCAGCUGGCAAACUUCGCCAGACAGCCUUAGAGACUAUUUUACCAAAUUCGGGGAAAUCAGAGAAUGUAUGGUGAUGAGAGAUCCAACGACAAAACGCUCCAGGGGCUUCGGAUUCGUUACUUACGUAGAUGCUGCCAGUGUAGAUAACGUCUUAGCUCAGCAACACCAUGAAUUAGACUCCAAAACGAUCGAUCCAAAAGUUGCCUUCCCUAGACGUGCUCAGCCCAAGAUGGUCACAAGAACAAAGAAAAUAUUCGUAGGAGGAUUAUCAGCAAACACAGUAGUUGAAGAUGUGAAGCAGUAUUUUGAACAGUUUGGCAAGGUGGAGGACGCCAUGCUUAUGUUUGACAAAACGACUAACAGACACAGAGGUUUCGGCUUUGUAACUUUCGAGGUUGAGGACGUUGUGGAGAAAGUAUGCGAGAUCCACUUUCAUGAAAUCAAUAAUAAAAUGGUAGAAUGCAAGAAGGCUCAGCCCAAGGAGGUGAUGUUCCCGCCAGGUACGCGAGGCAGGGCCAGGGGCCUGCCCUACACCAUGGAUGCCUUCAUGCUGGGGAUGGGCAUGCUGAGUUACCCAAACAUUGUAGCAACGUACGGCCGUGGAUACACUGGUUUUGCCCCGAGCUACAGCUACCAAUUCCCUGGCUUCCCAGCGACGGCGUAUGGACCGGUGGCAGCAGCGGCAGUGGCGGCAGUGCGUGGCUCAGGUAGGGGGGCCCGUGGAAGAGGUGGCUACAUGGCAUACCAGCAGAACGCAGGGGCAGGGUUCCCAGAUUAUGGGUUCUAUUCCGGGGCCGGGCCCAGUGACCUGCGGGGGCCGCCCUGCUCCUUUGCCGACUUUGGCUCCCUGGGGCCCCAUGCUGCUCAGAUGCUGCAGCACAGUGAGCAUCAUGCCACCUCCGCCUGCAACUCCCCCCUCCAGCACCACCUGCAGCACAGCCCGGACCCCUUUAAGAACCCAGGCACCAACCAGGCCAGGCCCGAAGCCUUCCCCGGCACCAACAGUCCCGGGCCCGUGGCUGACCUCUAUGGCACUCCCAGCCAGGACUCCAGUGUGGGCAACUACAUUAGUGCUGCUAGCCCACAGCCUGGCUCUGGCUUCGGCCACAGCAUUGCUGGGCCGUUGAUUGCAACCGCUUUUACAAAUGGAUACCAUUGAAACCUAACAGGUGGUUGGUUGCCAUCUCAUUUGAGCAGAGUAUUUCAGGAGGCCCGGGGAAGACCGGGCGGAGUUUUUAACUGGCUAUGUGAACAGGUGAUGCCAUCCAACGCCAAGCACUACAGCAUCAACCCACAGGAGGAGAGUGGAGGUGGCACCACGUGAAGAAGAACUGAAGAAAAUGUCAAAAUCAUCUCAGAAAAAUAAACUACAAUCUGCUGUACUAUAAUCCAAACCUGGCGUUCACAUCCUUAAUAUCCAACUGUAACCUAGUACCUUUGUGUAGGAUGUAGGUGUUUUUUUGUCCUUUAAAUGUUCCUUGUUUUAAAUCUGUUUAGUUUAUGUUCAUUAUUUUCAGUGUAGUCUUCAAAUUAAUAAGGGAAGAUUAAUUCUAAUUUUAAUUUACUCCAAUAUUUUUGAUCCUCUCUGAAAUUAGUAACUAUUUAUGUAAACUGGCUUAUUUCUUUAUUUUUAUUUUUCAGAUUGCUAUGUUGCUAUGGUUGUUUGCUUUUAUUCUUGCUGAUGGAAAAAUGCAGGUGUCAGUUUGCACAUACAAGAAAACUGACAUGAACUGAUGAGGCCUGAAGAAAGGCGGUGUUAAUUCGAUUUUAAGAGUAACUAAUAUAUCUUAGUAGCUUUUUUUCUUUAUUUUAAUGUUGUUAAUUACCUAUUUUGGGCAAUAAGAGGACUACAAUAUUUUCACAGUCCUUUUUUACAAAUGUUUUUGUUGUCAGGAAAAAAUAACCUUUCCUUUUAAUACUUUGUGAAUUCAGAUUUUAAGAAAAAUAUAACUGUAAAUAUUAUUCAAGUCACUGCAUAUAAUCGUUUCAGAGAGAACCAUAUUUUUGUGAUGGUUCAUCAUAAAAGGCUGUAAUGUGCAAGAGCGCAACUGUCAAAGACGAGGACAUUUAUUAAUGCUCUUAAGUCGUAUCAUAAUCCAUUUGUAGCACAAAAUGCCAUGAUAACCCACUCGAUCCUACAAGAACACUGUUGGCUUGCUCUGUAAAUACUGCUGUCUUUCUUACUGUGCUAAUGUCAUACCAGCAUACUGUUCUGUCUUCUACAUAGUGAGCUCAAAAGUGCACAGCUUCUAAAAGAUGACUCAAGGUUAACACUGGACAUUGCUACACAAUGUCUCUCAAAGAGGACACCGGCUCAUCUUCUUCUAGACUCUCGCAAGUGAAAGGCUACUGUAUCUGUGACUGAAGUACUAUAUAAAAAAAGAACAUGAUACAAAUCCAAAGCACACUUUUACUUUGUAUUAGUUUGAAAAUACCAGAUGUUGAAUACUAGUGUCCAGAUACAUUUCAUACCAAGCUGCACGUGUUUCAUUUUGUUAUGAUUAUCUUCAGUUUUUGUUUUCCUUAUUAAUGCUGUUUAUCCAUUUUGAACAGAGCACCUGCUUUCAAUGUGACAGGAAAUAUUUCAAGUCAGAUAUAUUUUACAUACAUUUAUUGUGAUGUUUUCUUGAACUGAUUAGGAAGGCAAACCAUCUAUCAUUACCUCAGUCCUGUGAGUUUUAUCUUAGAUGAGAUGACAAAUUAAUUUAUUUUAAAUUUAAACCGGUUGAAAUUCUGAAUGGAUUAUGAGAAAAGUUGUUGCACUGUGACAAAGGAAAGUGACCAUAUUCUAUUUGCACAUUUUAAGUGUUGGAUAUUUAAAAUGGUCUUGAUCAGAUGAUAUAUGAAGGAAUGUUUUUUAAGAAUAAUUUUUUAUUCCCAUUAGAGAUUAGUCAUCUUGACUCUUGCAAUUGGAAAAAGUUAUUUUGCCCAAAGGGCAUUUAUUUAACAAAAAAUAAAUACAAUCCAUGUAUAAUCCAUAGAUUGGAGCAUUUCGGCCUUGCCAAGUAACUGUAGUCACCACGUUCAUUUCCUGUAGGGACUGGUUUGUUGAGAUUGAGAAAUGUUCAUUUCCUGUAGGGACUGGUUUGUUGCGAUUGAGAAAUGUUCAUUUCUUGUAGGGACUGGUUUGUUGAGAUUGAGAAAUGUUCAUUUCUUGUAGGGACUGGUUUGUUGAGAUUGAGAAAUGUUCAUUUCUUGUAGGGACUGGUUUGUUGAGAUUGAGAAAUGUUCAUUUCCUGUAGGGACUGGUUUGUUGAGAUUGAGAAAUGUUCAUUUCCUGUAGGGACUGGUUUGUUGAGAUUGAGAAAUGUUCAUUUCUUGUAGGGACUGGUUUGUUGAGAUUGAGAAAUGUUCAUUUCUUGUAGGGACUGGUUUGUUGAGAUUGAGAAAUGGUUCCUCUGAAGUAGAAUCCUGGAUUCUUGUCAAAUAAAAUGGGGACUUGUUUAAGUAAUAAUCAAAUUAAAAUAAACAUGUAUGUUACAAAUUCAAAAAAGAGAAAAAAGGAUGUUCCCUUGAAUGAUUUACAUUUUUAUUCAGAAGGAUUUGUAUCAAUAUUUUUGUGGUUGUUAAUGAUUAUAUUAAUAAUAAUUAUUAUACUAACAAUAUUAGAAUGUACUGUACAUCCAUCCGGUUCUUUCUCCAUUCCCUGUCACCUUAUACAAUAAUCUUAUGUUGAUCAUCAAUGUAUUUCAGUAAUGUGUGGAAAAAAAGAAAACUGCAAAUGACCUUGUAACAGAGUGCCGUCUUUGAUGCCAGUGUAGUGGCUAUACACUUAUUUGUUGAUCUCUCUAUCUUCCUCUUUGUCUCCCAGUCCUUCUCUGUCUCACUCUCUCCUAGUAUUAGUGGUAGUUGUUAUGUAGUUAAGAUGUAGAUGUAGCUAUUAGGAGAUGCAGGACCAGUAAGGAUAGAGCUUUCUCUUCUUAAUUACCAUAGUUAUAUAGUUAUAUAUAUAUAU